AUGCAGCACGACCGCUCUGGGGCUUCAGAAAUGUCCGGUGGUAUGCAGAUGAACAAUCCGACGAUGAGUCGUAAACGUCCGCUAGCAGAUACCACAUUGGAGCUGAACACCCCGAAACGAGAAUGCUACCACCAGUUUCCUCCUUAUCCAUACAUGAACAUGAUGACCCCACCACCAAUGUUCCAUUCAACUCCGUUCUCAAUUCGAAGCGAUUGGAAAGACGAAAACCAUCAACCGCCACCUUUCAUGCCCGGAGACUUUUGCCAACCUGUCGGCCCAAUCUUUAACGAGGUCACACUGGCCGAGCUGAAACGCCGUAUUGCCCCUCCGGAAUGCCUCAACAGCAGUUUCCUUGGAAUCUACCUCAGAUUGGCCAAGACCAAGGAGGUCGGUAAGGAGCUGAGAGACAAUCUGGCUAAACAUGGAAUUUCUUUGCCGUCGGGAAGAAGGAAAGGCAUACAGAAUACCGUCUUCACAUGUUUGGUUGAAGAAGAGGCAACACAACUCGGACGAGAUAUGCACACACUCGUCCAGCAGCACUACCCUGUUCGACCCCUGAUCGACAUGGCAGCUCGCAAAUCGGUUAGCCAUCCGGAAGAGAGGCAACGAGAUCUGAUUGGAGCGAUACGAAUUCUGGACGAGUUGAACGGGAUGUUCACCGAAUUACAGACACCAUUGGCAACGCGAAUACAAAACAAUGUCCCUAUACAUAAUGAACUGGAACUCGGAAUGAACCAUUUCAAUCUGAUUACACACACUUUCGGGCCAAUAAACCAAUCUACGUGGUGUAAUGCUUUUCUGAACUACGCAAAGAUGUCGCUUGCUUUGUAUCAAGGUGGAGGGAUGGAGCAGAGCAAUCCGCAGAACGACUUCGCCGAUAACCUAAAAUAUGGUGACCACUGUACAUAUGUGGCUGUCUAUGGAAUCUUUAAAUUUUCGGAAGCCGAAGCCUCACUUCAUCCGUCAACACUGGAGAUAGUUUUAUGGUGUAGCCCUGAUUUCGAAGGAAGUGUAUGGUUCUGUGAAGCAUACAUCACUAUCGGCCUUUCCGCCGCCCGAGGCUAUGCUGAGCAGGGGCGUAACGAGCCCAUUCGUGAAGAAAGAAACUCAAUCGCUGAGGGUGGUGUUAGCCACGUUGAAAGAAAAACGCCUCCAGACUUUGAUAGACGGCAAAGCCAAGAAGCACCAAGCGAUCCCACCACGGAGAAUCUUACCAAGACAGCAACGCCUUCAAAUGUGGAAGGAUCAACUUUUCAUACGGAUUCGAAAUCGUCACUCGCUGACGACAACAAUGAUGUAGGGUUAGAAGUGCUCUUCGCCCUCGAAGAGCGUAUAGCAAAACUUGAAAAGACGUCAAAUGCAGCCGUCGUAUACAGUAAUCUGGAAGCAGCUCUACUUGGCGAUCUUAGAGCUCGUAUAAAGCAACUCGAAUUGGAUUCAAAUCUGACCAACGAGAUCAGUAACGUGGAAUCAGCAACACUCCGCAACUUGGAAGCACGCAUUGCACAAAUUGAGGCAAGUUAUUGGUUACUAGUGGAAAAUUUAGAGAAAUGUUAUAAAGAGUUACAAGAGCUUUACUGA